AUGUGUGCGAGGGGUUCGGGGGCUGUUGCCAUGAUUUAUAUGGAUGAGACAGAAGUAGCCCCGUUGACGAGUCAACUUAGAUCAAGUAGGAUGCAUGAUCUUGAGCUCUUUUCCUAUACUUUCUCCCGCACCGGGCUUUCUCCUUAUUACGAAGAGAGAGCAAGGCGCGAGGGCGAGUGGGAAAAUCUGAGUUCGGUCAUCUUUGUUGUCAUCCUACCGCAGUAUAUUCCUAAACACUAUGAAACGGCCCUAGUUUGGUCAAUGAUCAUUUGGGUAAAACCAUACUGCAGACAUCUCUAUAUAACAGACAUUAAAUUAUCUUGCUCUUUGUUACUGUUUUCUUUCAAAAAAGAAAAAUCCAACGUAAAAAUUAAAAAAGUGGUAUACUUAUUUGUAUAUAUACACUUCCAUUCAGCUAUAUAUGUUUAUGUUUAUUUGUUUUUCCUUGGGGGCUAG